GCUAAGAUGUUCUCGUUCAUCAUAUUAAGUAUAAUCUCAAUUGUCCUGAUCCUGGUGUACAUGGCUUACGGAAUGUGUAAUGUGUAUAUUAUUAUUGAUGCGAAGUAAAAACAAUUCUUAUUGUCCGCUCCGUGUACUGCUAAUCAUCGUAUGUGACGUUUGUGAGUUGAAAAAAUGGACGUGCAAUUGAUUUUCGGACGAAAACGGUGGACGAAACGAUAAUCCCAGGACCUUUGAUGCGUUGGAAGAUGCCGAAUGUGGCGGUCGUCGCCGUCGCCGCCGUCGCUAUGUUGCUGGUCACCGCGGAAACGGUGUUAGCGGCCGGUGGCGGUGGUGGUGGUAGCGGCGGCGGCGGCGGCGGCGGUGGACGACAACGCGGCACGGCCACCGCCGCCGCCGCCGACCGUCAGCAGGACUUUGACAGCGGCGACAACGAGUCCCUGCGGACGCCGGCCGCCGUCCAAUGCGCCAAUUGUUUGGGCCACGAUGGAAUCAAGUCGCUGAGCAUCGAGCUUAUCAAAGCGUCUAUACUGAACAAGCUAGGCAUGCAGCGGCCGCCGGAGUUUGGUGAUCGGUUGCCGCCUCGGGUGCCCACCGAUCUGCCACCACUGCAAGAUCUCAUGCGCAAGUACAACACCGACCAUAGCAGUUCGGUGGUGGUACUCCCGCACAUCCGGCACAAGUCGCACCACCUAGACGACAGCGCCACCGACAUGCAGAGCGAUGAAGCGACCGGUUACUCGACUACCGCGGCCAUGGACAACACCAACGGUUACAACGGCGGCGACACCAACGACGACGACGACUAUCAUGUCAAGACGCACAAGCUCAUAGCGUUCGCUCAGCCGCAUCCCACGACGCAGAAACUAAGUAACGGCCGCUAUCCGCUCUACUUUACGUUUUCCGAGCAGACGGGCCAGCAACGGAUCACCGAAGCGAUCCUGUGGCUGUACAAGAGACGGCAGGACGUGGUCAUCGAUGACCCGGUGGUCAUGAUCGAUGUGUUCAGGGUCAGCCAAAGCAGCAACAGCAUGCAGCAACUACAUACACAAGUGUUUGUGGCCAACAUAAAGCGCGUGGUCAACUCCACCGAACCUGGCUGGGUGCCCAUUGACCUACAUAGGCGCAUGUCCGACUGGUUCAAGACCACGGACGGGGCCAAGAACCUGACACUAGCGGUGCACGCGUACUACGCGAACAAGAACAUCACGCACGUCAGGACGCCUUAUGUAACAGACGCCAGGAAAAGAGAAGACAUGACCGAGAUCCCGUACCUGGAGGUGCACACGGAAGACGGCCGUCGGUCGCGGGCCAAACGCAACGUGCUGGGCAAGGACUGCGACGAUAACUCGAAAGAGCAGCUGUGCUGCCGGUUCCCGCUGACAGUGGACUUCGAGGACUUCGGCUGGGACUGGAUCAUUGCGCCCAAAAAGUACGAGGCCAACUACUGUUCGGGAGAGUGUCCGAUGGUGUUCCUGCAAAAGCACCCGCACACCCACCUCGCCCAGCUCACCAACAAGUCGGGCACGUACCCGGGCACCGGUCCGUGCUGCGCUCCCCGCAAGAUGUCCGCCAUAUCCAUGUUGUACUUCGACCAGGACCUCAACAUCAUUUACGGCUUAUUGCCCGGAAUGGUGGUGGACAGGUGCGGAUGCAGUUAGACACCAACGCCGUCGCCACCGCAGCGACCACGUCGUUAAUAUCAUAAUAUUAUUAUUAUAUUUUUAAUAUAAUAUAAUAAUAUUAGGCAAAAAUAUUAUAAUUUUACUAUUACUAUUAUUAUUAUUAUUAUUAUUAUUAUUAUAUAUUUCGUCCCAGUUGCAUAUAUAGUAUUGCAUUGCAUACCUAUACUAUAUAUAUAUAUAUAUACACACACAUAUUAUAUAUAUUAUUAGCGUCUUAGUUUUGUAUUUUGUUUGUUUGUUUGUUUUAUUAUCCGUUUUAAAAUUAUACCCUCUAACUUUGAUACAUGUGCACUGCAGGAAUGUAUUAGUUUUUAUUUUAUAAUAUUGUAACCCCGUCCCCGACUAGACGCCAUUUUUGACGCGCGUUCGGACGUUUUGCGUAUCCAGUGAACACGAUGGUGUGCGUCUCGUGCAUUUUCAUAUUAUUACGCGAUAUCGGUUCUUAUAUUACCGUGAAAUAUUCGAUUUUUCUACGACACAAACCACUAUUCUGAUCGUCCGGAGCAAUACCUUUUUAAUGCCUAGUAAACAUUCUACGCAACUUAUACAUAAUGUUACAUAUUAUAAUUAAUAUUACCUAUAUUGUAUAUUAUGUCUAUGAUAGAAUUGGAAAGCGAAAUUGCGGUAGGGGGAAACAAUACGAGAAUCAGUCUUUCAUCAUCUUUGUGUGGGCGUUGAACACCACACACCAAAACCUUCAACUACAAAAUAUGACAUUAUACAGUAUACUCUAUACAUAUUAUAUACUUCACAUAUUUUAAGCAUUAGAUAUCCGUACAUAAUAGUAUAAUACGUAGAUGAUUAUCAUAAUUAUACGAUAUGUAGACCAUUUCUUUAUUUCGAGACGUAAUUUUUAAACCGACGACAAUCCGCAACUAGUCCAUUAUUAGCUCUUUUAUAUUAUGUCUCUAAAUGUAUAAAAGCAAAAACAAUACGAACGGCAAUUAUGUGUAUAUACAUUAUAGCCGUUUUUCUUUUAUAAACGAAUUCCGUUCACGCAGUGCCUGAUUUUUAUAUUCUAAUUUUCUCUACAAACACGCGAUUCUCGCAGUAUUUAAGGUGUAGAUACUUGACCGCAGUAAAAAAAAAAUUAUAUUACAUAUUCACAUCAAAUGUAAUGAAUAAUAAUUAAUUUCAUGCACUACCUCGCUUUCGUAUAGGUUACAUUCAUUAUUAUUAUUAUUAUUAUUAUUAUUAUUAUUAAUAUUAUUAUUAUUUGAAGACAUUUUCCCUUGUUUUAUUAUCUGCUUAUAUUUAUAAAACGAAAAAAAAAACACUGUAUUGUAACAUGUACAUAAUUUAAGUUUCUAUAGUGUACCUAUCUGCAAUUACUAUACUUUUUCUUUAGGUUCUCUGGUUCUUACCUACCUAUUAAUUUUGUUAUGCAUCGAGUAUUUGCGUUUUACCUUUACAUACAUUUUCAACUGGGUUUUAAGUAGUUUUCUGUUCUUAAACAUGAUUAUUUCGAUUAAUGUGCUAUGAAAAAUUACAAUAUUGUAGAUCAUAUAUUAACGUGGUUAUACUAGGUAGUUAUAACUCAUGGAACAUCAAACAUUCAACGCAGGAUUGAUUAUUAUGAAACAUUUAAUUGAUUUCAACAAUCAUUUUAUGUUAUUGUUCAGUUUUAUUUGUCACGUUUUAAGUACAUUUAUAUUUAUAUUAUGUUUAAGUUCCUUUUUAGUUAGAAAAUAAAAACUCUGAUAUCAUUUUUUUUUCAAAUUUUAUUUAAUCAAUAUAUUUUUUUAUAAAAAAUUGUAUUAUUACUUAUAAAUCAUUUAAUUAUAUUCAUUUAUUUGUUAUGAGUUAAACAAUUGCGUAUUAAAUCAUGUAAUAAAUAAUAAUAAUUACAUAUAAAAUAUAUUAUGAUAAUAAAAAAAACUUAUAUAAAAAAUGUAGCUGUAAUUAAUAUACUUAUUAGAAUAAAUUACUAAGAACGGUGUUUAUUUUAAUUUUAUUAUUAUUAUUUAGUUUUUGCUGUAAGUAUAUUAAGUACUACUGAAAAUAAUUCAUAAAAUUAUAAUUUUAAAUAUAUAAUAUCUACUCGUGUAAUCAUAUUAAAACAAUUGACAAUAUACAGAUACUAUUUAAAUUUAAGCAUUUAUAUCGAAUUCUUUUAUGGCAUGGUUAAUAUGUUAUUAAAAUAGCAGCAUGAGUAUCUUUAAUUGUUACUGAAAUGUACGUUACUUAAAAUACAACCAUAAUAUGUUACAGCCAAGUUAAAUAAAAUUUAAAACAUAUACAUAAUUUAAUAUUCUGUGGUUUUGUACAACUAUUGUACUUAAUUGUGUAUGCAAUUGAUUUAUGUCGUAAAAUAAAACACUACAAGAUUGUAUCAACUACAGCUAAUUAAAAUGCAUUGCGACAUUGUAAAUAACAAUACUGAAAUUAAACAAUAAGGAAAUAAAUUAUCGAAAUUAAAUUCUAAAUUACAUGGCUAUAUUUUUCUGUCUUUUACGAUUUAAGUAAAUUGGACUGAAAAAAUAGUUUUAAAUGUUGAUUCUUCUAUAUACAAUGGACUUUAUUAAAUUUUUUACUUUUGUUGUUUUCUUACAUAAAUUUCUUCAGUUGUCAAGCAAAUAAUAAUAAUAAUAAAAAAAAUCAACUGGAAUAUUCUUUAAUACUAAACGUAAGAGGUACAUAAUAUUAUACAUUUAUACAUAUAUGGGUUAUAAAUACUAAAGAAAUACUUGUAACACUGAUAUUAUAGAACGAUUUUCAUAUUUAUUUGUAUACAAAAAAAAGAUUGAAAUCCGUUGGUAUUCAUUAAAUGCGAAUAAAACAUUUAUUUCUUAAUAACAAAUUUCCUAAGACAUAAAAAUGAAUUUAAAAUAUUAAAUUUUUUUUUAAAAAAAAUGCAUUAGUUAUGAAAUUUAUAAUAUCUAUGAUAUGUUAGGUUAGAUUAAAACUUAAAAUGUAUUUCCAGAUUUCCUGAACAUUUAACAUUUUAAAACAAUAUUAAUUUAUUAUGUCGUAAAUUGUAUUCUUCAAGUAAUUUUCCCUCAACCUAAUAUUCUUUUGUGCAUUUAUGAUAUCUAUUGUAAGCCCCUUGUAUUUGUAAUACCGUAUUAAGCAUAAUAUUAUACAACAUUUUAUUUUAUAUGCAUUGGCUAUAGACACGUAAGUUUAAAUUUAAUC